AUGCUGGGAGAGACAGAGAAAGGUCUCCCAUCUCCUUCAAUCCUUGGCGUCUCGACAAGAUAUCGAUCUAUACAUCGCCGCAUCCUGCGGAAUUUACUACCGAGUUUUCUUUUUUACAACUCCACAGCUGCGCGAGAUGAGAUACGUCCGACGGAUUUCCUCGAUGGCAUGCGAGGAUAUGCGGCCUUUAUUGUCUACUGUUGCCAUUUCUUCAUGCCUACGCAUCCUCAGGCCAACCGCGGGUUCAAUGGCUACAAUAGCAAUGAAGACUACUGGUUAACCCAGUUACCAAUCAUCCGGUUGAUUUACAGCGGGCACGUCAGCGUCUUCCUCUUCUUCGUCAUCUCCGGCUUCUCCAUCUCCUUGAAGCCACUGAAGCUCGCCCGUAGCGGAUCCUACAGCGCCUUCCUCGACACAAUGGUAUCUGCGACAUUCCGGCGACCAUGCAGACUCUACCUACCAUGCUUAGUCACACUGGCAAUUACUUUCUUGGUUGCAUGUUGCGGCGCCUUCGACUUCUCAUACGCUCUAACAAAGAACUGGCCGUUUCUCAGCAAACCUUUGCGGAUACCAAUCGCUCACCACUCGCUUUCGAAGCAAUUCUCCGACUGGGUGGGGCAGGUGUGGACGUGGUCCGAUCCGCUUGCGCGACGGACGCGGCACCCGCCUUACGGCGUGCAACUCUGGACCAUACCCAUCGAACUUAGCUGUUCCUUCAUCAGCUUCCUCGCGCUGAUCGGACUCGUAAAAGUGCGUCCGGCCGUGCGAAUGAGCAUUACCACUGUAAUCGCGGUGUACUUCAUGUUUCAAAAUCAUCCAGAGGCCACGCUUUUUCUUGCGGGGACUACGCUGGCGGAAUUGUAUCUUAUACGGCAAGAAGCUGCUGUUUCUGCUCCGGGUCGAAGUAUGGAGUCCAGCAAGCAAAAGAUACAAUCGAGUUUGUUGUUCGGGUUUGGACUCUUUGUUGCGUCCUAUCCUACUGCACAUGGUGAGAAGGCCCUCUUCUCUGCUCCGCUCCACUACGUCGCAAGCACGCUGUUUGGCCCAUCAAUACGUUGCCCCAAUCUCUUCGUUACUAUAGGUACCGUGAUACUAGUCUAUGUGGUGUCUCGGUCACCCUUUUUACAGAGCAUGUUUACGACACAUGUUGCAAAGUAUCUAGGGAAAAUCUCGUUUGCGCUAUAUUGCGUGCAUCAGGCUAUGAUCAAUAGCUUUGGGUACAGGAGUAUGUUGUUCUUGUGGUCAUUUACAGGAAAUGAUACUGUAUACCGGUAUGAACUGGGUCUUGGUCUUUCGUGGGUCAUCCAGACGACUGUGACGAUUUGGGCGGCAGAUGUUUUUUGGAGGUUGGUGGAUGUACCUAGUGUGGGGAUUAGUAAGCGGCUGGAAGAACUGUGUCUGGUUAAAAGCUAA